GAGAGAGAGAGAGAGAGAGAGAUAGAAUCUGAAGCAGGCUCCAGGCUCCAAGCUAUCAGCACAGAGCCCGAUGCAGGGCUGUACUCACGAACCUGGGAGACCAUGACCGGAGCCAAAGUCCGAGAGUUAACAGACUGAGCCACCCAGGCGCCCCCAAGGCUUCUUUCUUUCAUGCACACACUGGGCUCUCCUUAAGAGGAAUUUGGGAGAAUGCUAUUUUCUCUUCUCCAUCCUGCAGCACCCCCCCCCCUUCCUUCUGGGGUGCUCUUGUCAGCAAAAGCUGAUGGGGAAGUGAAGCCUGGGACUAGAGGAAAAGCGAAUAAGGGGAAAGGGGAAGUCUGGGAGGGAGGCCUCAGAAGAGGCUGAUGGGAGAGGAGACAGAGAGGGCGCCAGCUUAGUCUGUACCCACCGGUCCACCGGCCUCUCCAGCAGCUGCUGAGCUAUGAGCCACACCAGAGAUUUACAAGGAGGAAAAGCCUUCGGGCUGCUGAAGGCCCAGCAGGAAGACAGACUGGAUGAAAUCAACAAGGGCUUGGUUAGCAACUCCUUUCUCAAUCCCCUGCCGUGCCCCCUCCCGAGGACCCUCCAGCCAGCGCUGACCCUAUCUGCUUUCUCCCCUCACCCAGAGAAAUACAUGGAGUUUGACCUGAAUGGAAACGGAGAUAUCGAUAUCAUGUCCCUGAAGCGAAUGCUGGAAAAACUCGGGGUCCCCAAGACCCACCUGGAGCUGAAGAAACUAAUCAGGGAGGUGUCCAGCGGCUCUGGGGAGACUUUCAGCUACUCUGACUUUCUCAAGAUGAUGUUGGGAAAGAGAUCUGCCAUCCUAAAAAUGAUCCUGAUGUACGAGGAGAAAGCAAGAGAACAGGAGAAGCCAGCAGGUCCCCCAGCCAAGAGAAAUAUCUCUGAAUUGCCCUGAUUUAUGGUAGGGGAGAUGUGGUGGGAUUGAUGGGGUUCCUAAUCACCCCAGCAUGGAAAAAGAACACAGAAUUGUGAGCCACAGUUACACUAAAUUAAAUAAACUAUCCUCCUUCUCCAGAUCAA